UCAGAAAAAGUCAACGGUGGCAAUGGGAUCGGCGUCGGGGGAGCCGAUGCAAAGCAACCGGAACCCGCCGCGUCCAUCAGACGAACCAGCGGUAGCGUUAGCGUCAUCGCAGCCAUCGUCAGUGCCGUCAGCAUUACCAUCACCGCGACCUCCAGCCUCAACAUCGGCGCAGUCACCACUGCCAUUCCCGGUGGAAUUGGCUGUGCCGUUGCCAAGCGUAUUGUACCCGCCGCGUCCAUCCGGCGAAACAGAGUCACCGCCGGGGCAGCCAUCGCAGCCAGCGCCAGCGCCGCGGCCUCCGGCCUCAACAUCGGUGCAAUUACUGCUCUCGCAGUCACAGGAACCGGGCGUUGCUGCCGCAGCAGCAGCGCUAGCCUCAGCAGUAGACUCGGCGCCCUGAUCGACAGGCUCAGUCUCACCAGCCUGGGAGAGCGCGUUAGCGGUAUCCUCGGCAAGCGGGGCGGCCUUGAGGACCAUACCAGGCAGGCAGGCCGCAGCCAAGGCCAAUUUGUCGAUAUGCUUCAUCCUCGCUCGUGAGGGUUGUCGGUUUUGUCUGUCUGUUGUUGGUGAGAAGAGAGGUCAAUGCGGUUUGG